AUGCGUGUUCAAGAUCUUGCUGAGGAGUUUGGCUCAUUUCAACUUCGCAUUGAUCGAAGUUUGGAGGAGAUGCAAUCGAAGUUUGAUCAGCGUUUUCAGGAACAUCAGAGCCAGUUCGCUGGGCUCAAUACGCAACUCCAGCAGAUACAUGCUGCGGUUGUUGGAGUGGAAAAUCGUCAUGGUGACCCUAAUCAAAUACGUGGUACGAAUUCGUCUUCCUCUUCUGAUUCUUCUGGAACACAUCUACCACGAUUGGAUCCUCAUGAUCCAAGGAUUUUAUUGAAAUCAAUUCGUAUGGAGCUUCCUAUUUUCAAUGGCACAAACCCUAAUACUUGGAUUUUUCGUACGGAGUUAUACUUUGGCUUGCAACAAGUUCCUGAGGCGGUUAAGGUGCAGUUAGCUGGAAUGAAAAUGGAGGGCGUAGCAGCACCAUGGUUCCAGUGGUUGUUUAAUGGUGGCUCUAUUAAUUCUUGGGAGAAAUUGAAGGUUGCGGUUAAUCAAAGGUUUGGGGGAACGGCGUAUCAAGAUUUACGAGGAGUUUUAUCCAAGUUAAAACAGGAAGGUCAGCUCAGUGAUUAUAUUAGGGAUUUUGAGGCAUUGAUCAACCGAGUAACGGAGUUUUCGGAUGAGGUUCUCAUGUGUUUCUUUGUCUCCGGUUUGCUACCUGAUUUGAGGAGGGCUAUUCAGUUGCAUUCUCCAACCUCAUUACAUCAGGCCAUGCAACUAGCGAUCACAUAUGAUGCUCAUUUUGUGGAAUUGCGCUCAUCCUUUUCAUCGAGUGGGUUUAAGAAGAAUUUUUCGAAGGGUUCUUAUUCUGUGGAGUAUCCACAACCACUCCAAUCAAGUGGUUCAAGUCAGAAGCCUGUAGUGCCAGCGUUGCCUUCAACAGCACCGGCUAGGCGUUUUUCUCAUGAAGAUUUACAAAAAAAGAGGGAUUUGGGAAUUUGUUACACUUGUGAUGAGAAGUGGACACCACGACAUCGUUGCAAGGGCAAGCUCUUCCUUCUGGUUGGGGAACCUGAAGAGUCAAUGACUGAUGAAGUUGCGGAGGAGCAAAUUGUGUGGAAAACAGAUGCAACUCAUGAGGAUUCUAAUGAAGCUGCCUUGCAUUCCCUUGAGGGUGAAAGUAAUCCUAGAGCACUUCAGUUUCGUGUGCACUUUAGAAGCAGGUUAGUGGCCAUUCUUGUAGAUUCGGGAAGUUCCCACAAUUUUAUACAAAAACAAUUGGUGGACAGCAUUGGAUUGCCAACAGUGAAGGUCCCUAAGAUGCAUGUAUUUUUAGGGAAUGGGGAGUUUUUAACAUGUGACAGGAAGUGUUUAUCUGUUCCUUUACAGAUUCAAGGAUAUGCCUUUGCUAUUGAUCUUUGGGUAAUUGAAUUAUCCAACUUGGGUGUGAUACUGGGAAUUUCUUGGCUGAGUAGUUUGGGCCGAGUCAUUCACGAUUAUGCAGAAUUGACGAUGGAGUUUAUGACCAGGGAUGGUAGAGUAAUUUUAAAAGGAGAAGGGUUUGGUGAAGCCAAGGGACCACCUGACCAGCAAUGUUUCUACAUGCAAGGUGAUAAUGCAACUGGGAUAGUGCCCGAACUGAUGGAGUGGAAACCGAAGGUACCUGUUGCUAUAUGGAAUAUUUUGGUGCGUUUCCAGCCUGUCUUCCAGUUACCCCAAGGGCUGCCACCAACCAGGGGUUGUGAUCAUGCCAUCCAUCUAAUUGAGGGAGCUAAACCUGUCAGUGUGAGACCGUACAGGUAUGCUCAUCACCAGAAAAGGGAGAUUGAGAAGCAAGUGUCAGAUUUGUUAGCUUCUGGUUUAAUUAAGGAGAGUAGGAGUCCUUUUUCAUCUCCUGUUUUGUUGGUGAGGAAGCAAGAUGACUCUUGGAGAAUGUGUAUUGAUUACCGUGCGUUGAAUAAAAUUACAAUCAGGGAUCAUUUUCCAAUCCCCACUAUCAACGAGCUAUUGGAUGAGUUGAAUGGGGCAAGGGUAUUUAGCAAGUUGGAUUUGCCCAGUGGAUAUCAUCAGACUUUGUUGAGACCAGAAGACACUCUCAAAACAGCCUUCCGAACUCAUGAAGGUCAUUAUGAGUUUCUAGUCAUGCCCUUUGGGUUGACUAAUGCUCCUUCCACCUUCCAAGCGGCUAUGAACCAUAUGUUUAAGCCUUUCCUUCGGAAGUUUAUUACGGUAUUCUUUGAUGAUAUCUUGAUUUACAGUAGGUCUAUAGAAGAGCACUAUGAACACCUUUCUGUGGCCCUGAGCUGUUUGCAAGAGAACCAGUUCAGAGUGAAGCUUAGCAAAUGUGGAUUUGCAUUGGAAGAAAUCGAUUACCUUGGUCAUUUGGUUUCUGGACAGGGAGUUAAGGCAGAUCCCAGGAAAAUUGAGGCUAUGCUACAAUGGCCAAGACCAAGAAAUGUGAAGCAAUUGAGGGGAUUUAUUGGACUCACAGGCUAUUAUAGGAGGUUUAUUAAACAGUAUGCAGCUAUAGCUUCCCCUUUGACUGAUUUGUUAAAGGGAGACUCAUUUCUGUGGAGUGAGAAGGCUGAGAUUUCGUUUGAAGAAUUAAAGAAAACCAUGUCACAGACCCCAGUUUUAAUCUUACCUGACUUUUCUGUUCCAUUUGUGGUUGAUACAAAUGCAUCAUCCUUGGGCAUAGGAGCUGUCCUUCAACAGUAUAAUCGGCCAAUUGCCUUCUUUAGCAAGAAACUUGGUCCAAGAAUGAGUGCAGCCUCAACAUAUGUCAGGGAAUUAUUUGCAGUGACAGAGGCUGUGAAGAAAUGGAGACAUUAUCUCUUGGGAUCUAAGUUUAUCAUAAGAACAGAUCACCGUAGUUUGAAGGAGCUGUUAACACAAACAGUUCAGACUGUAGAACAACAAAAGUACGCAUGCAAAUUGAUGGGGUAUGACUUUACAAUCGAAUACAAACCAGGGGCAGCCAAUACAGUGGCAGAUUCAUUGUCUCGAAGACAUGAGGGGGAACAACCAGGUACAAUUUAUUCCCUAAUCUCUGCACCUAUUUUUCAAUUGGUCGAUCAAAUUAGAGGAGAGAACCUCUCUAAUUCUGAGUUGAUUAGCAUGAGGCUGAAGCUGCAAAAUAACGCAUUAGGACAUUCUGAUAUAACUGAAAGAGAGGGGAUCUUGUAUCAUAAAAAUCGUUUUUUAUUUGGGUCUAAUUCUGAAUUAAGGCAAGUUGUGCUGAGGGAGGCACACUCCACACCUAUGGGGGGCAUGCAGGAAUUACUCGUACCUUGCUUAGACUUUCUGCUUCUUUUUAUUGGAUUGGCAUGA